AUGUAUGUUGGAAAUCUGUCUGUUCUGCUGAUGAUUCUUAGCUGUGCCAGCCUAGGUAAGUAUAACUCAGUUUUUCCUCUCUUUAAACAAGUUUUAGCAAGCCACAUAUGUAUUUAUAUAUGUGUGUAUAUAUAUAUGUGUGUGUGUGUGUGUGUGUGUAUAUAUAUAUAUAUAUAUAUAUAGUAUAGAAGAUAAGUCACUGUUUCUGGAUCUUCAUAUAAAGCUCCCCAGAAACAUUUUGAGACGUUAAUUUAAAAACCAACUGUAAAUGCAAAGUGGUUACUCAGUAAUCUCACUGUUCUUCAGUGUAUUGGUUCUAUUAUUGGUAAAUGUCAUUUUCACUGAAAGCACACAUUUUUAUUUCUCAGGAAUUACAGUGUGGGGUGUGAUACUUAGAGCAGAAUCCUUGAAAUAAGUGGAUUUAAAUAACUUGAAGUCAAUGGGUUUCUCUGGGUAUGACUAACCUUUGAUACUGAAUUGUGUGUGCUUGUUCCUCCAACCACCCUGCAUAGUUCGAACUUUAUCUUUUAAAAACCUUGUAUCCCACCCUUUGUCCGAGGAUCUUCGGGACAGAGUUCAACAAUAUAUAAACCAAUAAAUAAAUAAACAAACAAACGAUGCAGUAAAAUAAAAUCUAUUUCCGUAAGCUAUCUACAUAAAGAUGCCCUAUGAAAAAGGCAAUGAUUAGAACAGUGUUUCCCAAAGUUGGGUCUCCUGCUGUUUUCGGACUACAGUUCCCAACAUCCCUGACCACUGGUCUUGCUAGCUAGGGGUGAUGGGAGUUGUAGUCCCUCUGGUGUGUUAGAGACCUCCUGGGCCUGGGCCUACCAGCUGGCCCUCCCAAACAGGUCUCAAGCCAUGGACAGGUUGAUAUAUGGAGAAGAGGGUCCCUCUGGUAUUUGGGUUUAGGGGGUUUAUUAGCAGUGGUAUUAGCAGUUAAGGGAGUUACAUGUCAGGGCCAAAACCUUGAACUGGGUUUGGUAGUUAACUGGCAGCUAGCACAGAUCUUUGAGGAUUGGUGCCAUGAAGACUUGAAACAUCAGACCCAACAUGACUCUGGUGGCUACAUUUUGCACUAGCUGCAAAUUUUGAACCCUCUUCAAGGGCAGCCCCUUGUAGAGUGCAUUGCAUUGCAGUAGCUAAACCGGAGGUUAUUUGAGUGUUGAUCACAGUAACCAGGCUACCCCUGUAAUUUGUGUACAUCAGUAGACCUGCUGUCCAUGCCUGCUGUCCCUCUCUUAUUGCACAUAAAUAGCCACGGCUAUCUUCCCAUCCUCCUCAGUUAGAAAACACUCUGAGGCCUCACUCAAGAGCUAUCUCUUUCCCCAGCUGUUCCUUAUCUGGCUCAUCCCCCAGCUACUAUUUAUCAACAGGCCCAGCUGUCCAGGGUCUGAUUCUUCAUGCAAGAAGGAAGCCCAGGGAGCAGUGGAUCGGUCCCUGGUGGUCCUUUGUAAAUGAUGAACCAGCCUUAUCUGGAAAGAGAGACUGCAUAGACUUCCAGGGACAAGGUGGAAUUUAGGUAAAAGAUAGCGGCAAAGGACCCCUGGACGGUAGAGUCCAGUCAAAGGCGACUAUGGGGUUGCGGUGCUCAUCUUGCUUUCAGGCUGAGGGAGCCGGUGUUUGUUCACAGACAGCUUUCCGGGUCAUGUGGCCAGCAAGACUAAACCGCUUCUGGCGCAACGGAACACCGUGACGGAAACCAGAGUGCAUGGAAACGCCGUUUACCUUCCUGCCACAGUGGUACCUAUUUAUCUACUUGCACUGGCAUGCUUUCAAACUGCUAGGUUGACAGGAGAUGGGACAGAGCAACAGGAGCUCACGCCGUCGCGGGGAUUUGAACCGCUGACCUUCUGAUUGGCAAGCCCAAGAGAGCCAGUGUGGUGUAGUGGUUAAGAGUGGUAGAUUUGUAAUCUGGGGAACCGGGUUUGCGUCUCCGCUCCUCCACAUGCAGCUGCUGGGUGACCUUGGGCUAGUCACACUUCUUUGAAGUCUCUCAGCCUCACUCACCUCACAGAGUGUUUGUUGUGGGGGAGGAAGGGAAAGGAGAAUGUUAGCCGCUUUGAGACUCCUUCGGGUAGUGAUAAAGCGGGAUAUCAAAUCCAAACUACUCUUCUUCUUCUUCUUCUUCUUCUUCUUCUUCUUCUUCUUCUUCUUCUUCUUCUUCUGUGGUUUAGAUCACAGUGCCACCUGCGUCCCUACCUGCACACUAUGAAGCUAUUCUUUCAGGGGAAGCAUCUAGAACAGGUCACCUUCUACCUAAUUCCUGGAUGUGGGUGCCACUGAUUCACAGCACCUCUGUCCUGUUGGAAUUUAGUUUCUGUUUAUUGGUCCUCAUCUAACCCAUUACAACCUCCAAAUACUGGUCAAGCACCUACACAGCUUCACCUCUCCCUGCUAACCAUAUCUUCCACACACUAGUGCAUUUCCCCCCCUUCCUUAGAAGCUUCAUGCUGCGUUGCACAAACAUGCAAGAUAUUGUGGAUCCUCUACAAACAAAAACAGGGGCAUGGACAGAGCUGCAUUGCCAUUGCCUUCUUGUUUUGUUUGAAUAGGGCCAGCACACUCCGUUUCCUGUCUCAAUAGUCAGGCCAAAGAGGUGGAACGACAGUCUUGUGUUUCAUGAAGCUAGGUCACAUGGGGGUUAGCGUUAGCAUAGCUCCAAGAAUGAGAUGUGCUCUUUUGCCCCCCUGUUUUCUCAGAAAGGCCACAUUUCUUUCUUUGUGUACACCCUGCAGGUCAGCUUUGCCCUAUACGCUCGAUCAUUAACAUUCCGGAAGGAGAAUAUUUUUCAAUUUGCUGUCCCGGGGUGGAACAAGAUAGAGGCUAUGCCGUACACUGGUAUAAGGAAAGAGGAGGAGAUUGGACCUUGAUUCAAGGAGACAACAGAACUGAGUUGAGCGGGACUUACUUGGAAUUUUGGCCAGCUGUGCUGAAUGACACUGGAAACUAUAUGUGUAAUUCCAGGUAGGUGGAAUAUGUACCAAGAGGAGUAUAUACAGAGAUGUUUGGAGGCCUUGGCCUGUUUUGCCAGGUCUUCCUUUCACGUAAAGAAGAUGUAAAAAGGUAAAGGGACCCCUGACCAUUCGGUCCAGUCGUGGCCGACUCUGGGGUUGUGGCGCUCAUCUCGCUUUAUUGGCCGAGGGAGCCGGUGUACAGCUUCCGGGUCAUGUGGCCAGCAUGACUAAGCCGCUUCUGGCAAACCAGAGCAGCGCACAGAAAUGCCGUUUACCUUCCUGCUGGAGUGGUACCUAUUUAUCUACUUGCACUUUGAUGUGCUUUCGAACUGCUAGGUUGGCAGGAGCUGGGACCGAGCAAUGGGAGCUCACCCCGUCGCGGGGAUUCAAACUGCUGACUUUCUGAUUGGCAAGUUUAACCCACAGCGCCACCCACGUCCCACAAAGAAGAUGUACAGCAGUCCAUAUUUGCAUAGGAAGCUGCCUUUCCUCUAGCUGGGUUUUCUCCCUGCUCUACCUGGAAACACCAGAGUUUGAACCUUCUCAGUGCUUUUUUUUGGUGGUACUCUGUACCAGCACCUCCCCCCUCCAAAUCUUGCAAUGACCCUUGUGGUCCCUUCCAGCUCUACGGUUCUACUAUUCCCUCUCCCACCCUCCCCACCCAGUUCCUAAGGAAAGGCUGAUUAUGUAGAAAGGCAGGCAUCAAUGCUUUUAUCCCCUUGCCCUUCCCAGCCCCGCAACAAGGCAAGGCUUUAGGGGUCCCCGGCUGUUGCACAAGCACACUGCCUUCCCACCCUUUAGCCGGAAUGGAACAGUUUUUUUUAACUGGUGCUGACAGUUCAGCAACACUGCUACUAGCUGUAUCUUGGUGUGGUUUCACAGCAGGAGUGAGACUUGCUACACUGCGAAUGUCAGUGAAAGGCAGCAACGUCAGGAGAGCCCUCACAGUAAGUUCCUUCACUUCCUUCUCAGUUAGUAAAGCACUAGCAGCUUCCCCUCUUCCGAAAGCAGGCCUUUUCCUGUUAUGCAUUCUGGAUUGGGCAACUCCUUGAAGCAAUAUCUUUCCUGAAUCGUCAAGGGGAUGACCCCGUUUGAACCUUAACGUAAGCCUGGCAAAGACAUGUGCUGAGAGCGUUGCAGAUUGCUUAUGUAGCCAGCAUCGCGGCACCUCUUUGGCAAACCAUGUGCGACAGCAGCUGCAUGAUUUCCAAUAGAAGAGCUGGCUUCUGCCACUCACAAACCACACGAGGACUCGAGCAGUAAGAAGUGCCUGGAAUGGUUGGAUCCAGUACCAGAACUAAUGCAGCACAGUUAGCUUCAGCAGGGGCCAAACAGGCCCAUGGCUGCUUCCAAGCAAAGCUAGAUGGGAAUUUCUGGUUUAGUGCUACGCUCAGUGCAAGAAGCGUCCAUCUGGAUGCCAUUCUGCAACCGGUUAUUUUAUUUAUUCAUUUAUAUACCGCUUAAUGCCAAAAUUGGGACGCAGGUGGCACUGUGGGUUAAACCACAGAGCCUAGGACUUGCCGAUCAGAAGGUCGGCGGUUCGAAUCCCUUCAACGGGGUGAGCUCCCGUUGCUCGGUCCCAGCUCCUGCCAACCUAGCAGUUUGAAAGCACAUCAAAGUGCAAGUAGAUAAAUAGGUACUGCUCUGGCAGGAAGGUAAACGGCGUUUCCGUGCGCUGCUCUGGUUUGCCAGAAGCGGCUUAGUCAUGCUGGCCACUUGACCCGGAAGCUGUACGCCAGCUCCCUCGGCCAGUAAAGCGAGAUGAGCCCCGCAACCCCAGAGUCGGCCACGACUGGACCUAAUGGUCAGGGGUCCCUUUACCUUUACUAAUGCCAAAAUAGUCUCCUGUUAGUUCCCAACCAUUUUGGGACGGCAACCCACAAACCCAAAUUUACAUGGCAUGGCGACCCAUCAGCUUAUUGUGGCAUGAAUUUUGGAUCUUGGAUCUUAUUUCUUUAUUGCUCUGAGUUUUUGUGACUGAUGCUCCCUCACCCAAAUCCAUAGUAUGGAAAGUCCAGCUAUGUCCCGUUGGUCCUGAAUGUGCAGAGCAAACAAUAUUGAUUUUGUACCACAUACACACGCUGAUGAUGUUGCUGCCUAGCAACAACACGGAACACUCUCCUGUGUGAAUGAUAUGACUUGAAAGCAAAUAGAUGUUAUUGUCUAGGGUUUCUCUCAAGGGCUUGGGUGCCAGUCCAGAGAGGCAUAAGUUUCCUUUCCAAAAUUCUUGGCCAAUGAGAGCUGUGAUGAUGGUGCAGCAGUGACCAGAACAUACUGAGGUUGAAUCAGUCUAGGGAAUCAGUCCAGGUCCAAACAUAAUCCAAAUGCAGGGUCAAUAACAAAGGGAGUUGCAGGGAGACUAAGGUGGAAUCUCUACACACUUAAAAAACCGCUCUGAAAAUGCUUUUUGUAAUAAAGCGUUCUUAAAAAUGCAUUGAAUUUUCCAUAAGGCUCACUAUCGCCAUCUGGUGUCACAUUGCAUAUUGCACUUAAAACACACUUAAAACAUUUUGUUUGCAGCUGUAUAGCUGAGUCCUAGGUCUGAGUUUAAGGAGCCAGAGCCCUGGGUUUUUUCGAGCAACUGAAGGGCUCAAACGGGAGGCAUCUUUGCCUUAUAGAAAAUGCUUUAUUUGGCCGUCUGGAGUCCCACGUCAUUUUCUCAGUGGCAUCUAUCAAUUCAGUUUUCAGAUGGCUUUUUUAAAUCUAAAAAUGACCCAGGAGCGAAAGUCAAGUUAGGUAACUGUUAUCCAGAGAUCUUGGGUUGGGGUGCUGCUUCUUGUUUUCUUCCUGCCCCCUUUACUGACACCUUGGUUCUUGUGGCUGUCACAAAUUAGGUCACAGAGACCUCACUUGAGUAUGUGAUUCUGUGCCUUGAAAUGAAGUCAGGGAGUGUUUGUGAACGUUCUUUGGAACCUGAAUGUCCAACGUGGUUUACACGGCUUCCGAUUGGCUACAGGAGCUUCCGGAAGCCAAUGGGAAGUCGUGCCUUGGUUUCCGAACAUUUUGGAAGUCGAACGGAUUUCUGGAACGGAUACCAUUUGACUUCCGAGAUACCACUGAAUUGUGAUAAUGAUGAGCUAUCACAAUCAUUGCAUUUUUAUACCACCCUUCAUCUGAAAUUACAGGACUGUUAACAACCUAAUAACUCAAAAUUACUACUACUACUAUAAGGUAAAGGGACCCCUGACCAUUAGAUCCAGUCAUGGGCGACUCUGGGGUUGCGGCGCUCAUCUCACUUUAUUGGCCGAGGGAGCUGGCGUACAGCUUCCAGGUCAUGUGGCCAGCAUGACUAAGCUGCUUCUGGAGAACCAGAGCAGCGCACGGAAACGCCAUUUACCUUCCCACCGGAGCGGUACCUAUUUAUCAACUUGCACUUUUUUGGUGUGCUUUCGAACUGCUAGGUUGGCAGGAGCAGGGACCGAGCAGCAGGAGCUCACCCCGUUGCGGGGAUUCGAACCGCCGACCUUCUGAUCGGCAAAUCCAAGCUCUGUGGUUUAACCCACAGCGCCACCCGCGUCCUACUUAUACUAUUACUAUAAAAUAACAAAUUUCCCACCCACCCCAACACCUAAUGUAUGAAUUAUUUUGUUUGUUUUGGUUCAUUGCUUUUGGUUUCCUACUUUCAAUGGCCUAAAUGCCUGAUUUAUUCAGGAACUCUGCCCAAAAAAACAUUUACAAAUGUACCACUACAUAUGCAAAUAUGCGAAUGUGGUUUUGUCCUUGUGAGAGAACUGGUCUGUGCAAAUGGCUUUUAAUGUGUCGUGGGUUCUAGGGCUGGCUCACCCACCCCAUGAGGCAUGAUGGGACGACCUAUGGAGCAGGAUCUGCAGGGGCAGCUCACCCAGCCUUCAAGGAAUACAUUUCCCACUUGCGCUGCCUGUGGCGUGCUCCUUGGAGCCCGGAUCUGCCGCCUCCUUGGUGACCUCCCCAACUGCCACCUCUACAGCAGGUUCUUGGCAAAUAGGAGGUGCUGCUGGUCUCCUCCCACCCUUGUUCCUGAUGAAGAUCUUCACUCACCCCUUUUCCACUAGCCGGGGAGGGCCGCCAUUUUGUGGUUUGCCUCAGGUGUCAAAAUAUGCCUUGGGCUGGCCUUGUUGGGUUCUCUCAUGGAAGGAAAGCGGGACAUAAAUGUAAGAAAAUAAAGAAAGCCACCUUAACACACACACACACACGCUUCUUCCUUCCUCUCAGCAAUGGAAAACACAAUCCAAAGAAAUGGUCUUUGAUUGUUCUCCAGAGAAGUAGAACAAGUUGCUUCAAUGUCAACCACGUGUCAUCUGCUAUACAUGGAAUUCUUGGAAGAACCUAUCACCUGAAAUGCAAUGAUACAUACCACAAGGCAAAUGUUGCCAAGAUAACAUGGUACAAGGUAUUUAUUAACACAGCUUUCUCUGGAAAUUGAGUUCCUUUACCUUUUAAAUAAUUAAAUAAUAAUUAAUUUUUGUCGGGGGGUGGGGCUGGAGGGCUGGAACAGAUAUGUACCCAAAAAUCCACCUAUAUCUGUAAUCAUAAAGUUGCAGCCAUUUCUAAUCCAGUUUAUUAAUCACAUCUUACACUGUUACUGGAUCUGCAACAAACAAACAAACAAACUUUGUGGUGAGUUUCCCCUCCCUUUUCCAGACUAACUACAAGGUUGUGACGAAAUAUUUAUCAUGACAAGCAGUUUAGACUCAGGGGCCAGCAAACUUUUUCUGCAGGGGGCCGGUCCACUGUCCCUCAGACCUUGUGGGGGCCGGAGUAUAUUUUUUGGGGGGGAAAUGAACAAAUUCCUAUGCCCCACAAAUAACCCAGAGAUGCAUUUUAAAUAAAAGGAAACAUUCUACUCAUGUAAAAACACGCUGAUUCCCGGACCGUCCGCAGGCCAGAUUUAGAAGGCGAUUGGGCCGGAUCCAGCCCCCAGGCCUUAGUUUGCCUACCCAUGGUUUCUUUAGAGCAAGACAAUGAAGGCAGAAUGGAAGGGGAGGGUUGGCUCACCACAUUGUUUGCGUACUUGUUCAUGUACUGUAUUUUGAAGUUUUAUGCUGCUUCUAAGACACCUUUUGGAACAUCUCCACUUUAAACAGGACUGCAGGAAGCUCCCUCAAACAAAGGAGGAGUGGUCUAUCGAUGAGCUAACAGCGGGAGAUUCUGGAAACUUCACAUGCGUGAAGUCAUUUGUUCAUGCAGGAAAGAGAUACAAUGCUACCAAAACAAUAGGACUAACAGUGGAAGAAGGUGAGAGGCGGAGCAAAAAAUAGGACGAUAGUUUGCUUUGCAUUAAACCCUUUAAAUCUCAACUUACCCAGGAGCCCCUAUACAUACUAGCAGGUGUCAAUUUUAUGCCCAUUUGUGGCACGUGGCUGUGCGCUGAAUCUUUUAAGUGCUUAGCAAUGCUGCUGUUUACUCAGUAUUUGAUUUUUAGGGUCUCCCAUGUGUUAAAAAAGCAAGGGAGCUGGGGCUUGCGGCUAUAGUGGAGGCCAUUUUGUGUGGAUAAUACAUGGCAGGGGCCUACAGUCUGCCUAACUUUUGGUUUCUGGAGACCCUCUGCCUCCUCUCUGUAGGCUCAGCUGCCAUCAACACUCUUUAGCAACACGCGGCUAAUAAAGAAUGAGCAAUAAUCAAUAAUAAUGUAGUGUUUCACAAUAGCAAAUAGUACGUACGUGAUGUUUCAAAGUACAUUAAAUCAAAAUAAUAAUCGUAACCACUCACUAUAACAGAACAUCACGAUUAAGGUCAGAUGCCUUUAAACAAGUGCAUAGCAAUUAAGGCCACAUAGGUACAUCAAAAAAUAGUGGACGACAGAAGUGCCUGGCGUGCUCUGGUCCAUGGGGUCACGAAGAGUCGGACACGACUAAACGACUAAACAACAACAACAGGUAUAUCAAAUAACAAAGGAUCAGCAGCCUUUACAUGUACCAGUGUCUGCUGAUCCUUUGUUAUUUGAUGUACCUGUAGGUAGACAUUUUAAUCGCUGAUGAAGAUUCAUCUUCAAAACAGUGUGUAUAUCCGGAAAAACUGUUCUUCUGUUUUCUGCUGGAGCACCUGUCAACGCUUUUUUACAGGACAUUGAUUGACUGUUUAAAGGCAUCUGACCUUAAUCACAAUGUUCUGUUAUAUUGACUGGUUAUGCUUACUGUUUUGAUUUAACAUACAGUGGUACCUCGGGUUGAGAACUUAAUUCGUUCCAGACGUCCGUUCUUAACCUGAAACCGUUCUUAACCUGAGGUACCACUUUAGCCUCUCACUGCCACCGGUGCGUGAUUUCUGUUCUCAUCCUGAGGUAAAGUUCUUAACCCGAGGUACUAUUUCCAGGUUAGCGGAGUUUGUAACCCGAAAUGUUUGUAACCUGAGGUACUAUUUGUAUGUACUAUUUGUUAUUGUGAAACACUACAUUAUUAUUGAUUAUUGCUCAUUCUUUAUUAGCUGCGUGUUGCUUCUGGCUGGUCUAGUUUUGCCGUUCUGCAACACAGGGGAUUUGCUUUGUUGCAUCAACACUCUGUAAGCUGACAGGUUCCUGUCAGGCACUUUUUGUCAGCCCUGGAUUUAUGUGAAUGAUGAUGAUGAUGAUGAUGAUGAUCACAAUAAUAAUAAUAAUACUUUCAAAUCAUAUAACAACAAUUAUAACAACAACAUUAUUUCACCCAAUUUCAAAUAUGUCAACAUUAGACUGAACUGUUAGGGGAAAGGAUGGCUUAAGUAACGUGCUGUUUUGCAUCCCCAAGGUCUUGAGGAAAUCACAAAGCCUGGGCUAAUUGGAUCCGAAAGUUAUACCAUCCUAACGGAAAUAGGUACCUCUUCCUUUCUCUAAAAUGAGAGAAUGUUUUGUAAGGCUAGUUGUGUAAGUGUGUGUGGUUGUAUGGGCUGGUUGUGUGGCAUGCAAGUGAAGACAGCAGGCAUUGCCACAUUUGUCCCAAAAUGUGUAGAUGGGUAAGACAUUACAUCCUGAGAUACACUGUGGGGACAGAGUAGACGUAUUUCAUGAACCAUGUGGACUGCCUAUUGCAGAUUAUGCAUGCAUGCAUGUAUUACAGAUAGAAUUUUUUUACAAAAUAAAUUUAAAGUGACUUAUGUUGAUUUGAAACACAGAACUGCCAUAACCUAAACAAACCAUUAUUAUUUAUUUACAAUUCAUUCAUCAUUUUGGUUGGCCCUGUAGAGUGCAAGUUUUCAUAGCUGUUAUCUGCACAAGAAACUUAUGGGAGACAUUUUAACUGCAUAUUUAACCAAACCAUGCAUAUCACUUCCAUCUCUGUGGAAGAUGGCAACCUACGGCAGUUUCCUGAUGAGGCAGUAUCCUUCUGAAAUCUUGGAAAAAACUUGAGCAAACACCCUUAAAAACUUAAUAGAGGACUACAAAAUAAUGGGAGUUGGAAGCAAAGCAACUGCUCCCAGGCCUUUGGGAAAGGGUGAGGAUUUUAAUGGAGCCAUUCGGCUGGUAUUGUUUAUUGUCUGUUUUGAUGCAGCCGGAGGACUCUUUACUUUUAAGGUGUGGGUUGUUAGUUAUAUUCAGAGUAGACCCAUUAAAUUCAGUGGACAUGACAAACUUAAGUCCACUAAUUUCAAUGGGUCUGCUGUGAGCACAAUGUGGUUGAACUUAAACCACUGUCAUCGAGGAAACGCUGCUCUGAGUAUGACUUAGCUAGAUACCACCCAGUGGGGUUUUAGUUGUAUAGUUUUAGGAAUGUUUGUAUUCCUGCCGUGGGCCUAGAUAGUGGAAGGUGGGCUAGAAAUUUCACAAAUAAAUAAAAACAAAUUAGGCAAUCAUUUCCGCUUUAAUAACAAUUGGGUGUAUUUAUUAAAGGCCCCCUAAAUUAUUAAUUUUGAAACAUGUUCUGCUUAGGUAAAAAGGAAAUCCUCAACUGCACAGCUUUUUUAGGUUACUCUAACAAUGUAGUUGGAGACUUUCUGCUUUAUUGGUCACAUCAAGAUGACAUGAUAGGUCGCUGUGAGGACAACAACUUGCCAUGUGAAAUGGAAUACCAUUAGUAAGUAAUGUUGGUAGGAAAAUACUGUGUAUCAAUGUUUAUAUAGUGCAAUCCUUGGCAUUUUGGUAUGUUGUGAUUUCCUGUGCUCUCUGCCUUGCACUCUUACCUAACCAGCUAAAAUUAAAUAUAACCAUAGGGCUUCUUUGUAAGACAGACACAAACUGGUGUUUAAUAGCCAGCCGUGUCCAUGGCAGGAUCUAGAAUCAGUUUAGAUUGAAAGCAGGAUGUUUACAUGGAUUGUUCCAGAUUAACGAAAAACUACAUUUUUGGUGCUACAAAUGGGUUAGUGUGUAGCUAGCCUGAGCCUAUGGGACGCGGGUGGCGCUGUGGGUUAAACCACAGAGCCUAGGACUUGCCGACGGGGUGAGCUCCUGUUGCUUGGUCCCUGCUCCUGCCAAUCUAGCGGUUCAAAAGCAUGUCAAAGUGUAAGUAGAUAAAUAGGUACUGCUCCGGCAGGAAGGUAAACAGCGUUUCUGUGCGCUGCUCUGGUUCGCCUGAAGCGGCUUAGUCAUGCUGGCAACAUGACCCGGAAGCUGUAUGCCGGCUCCCUCGACCAAUAAAGCGAGAUGAGCGCCGCAACCCCAGAGUCGGUCACGACUGGACCUAAUGGUCAGGGGUCCCUUUACCUUUACCUUUAGCCUGAGCCUGGAUUCAACCAAGUGUCUAGAGGAUUGGGAAGGUGUACAAUACAACAAAAUUAUCGCUUUCCAUUUUGUGCUCUUCUCUGCAACUAUCUGCCUAUUUGUGUUUGCAUUCCUCUCACUGUCUCUUCCACCUUUCUUUAAUGUUCAUAUUGUCUGCGUUAUCUGUGAACUGGUUAUAGAUUCCCCCCUGUCUUUAGAUUGGAUAAGGUACACUUCUUCUUUUCCCUUUUUCUUCCUAUUCUUCUUUCAAUAAAUUUAUACACUGCUUGAUUAUGAAAACAAACAAAAAAACCUCAAAGUGGUUUACAAAAGGAUAAAAUAAAAUAAAAAUGAACAGCAACAAUACUGAAAAGGAUUUUUAAAAAAUCAAUAUUAUAGCAUUGUGGCAGCGGUAUCUAAUGUUUCCCGUCCGAUGUUAUCGGACUACAACUCCAUCAGUCCUGGGCCAGCAUGGCCAAUGAUAAGGAAUGAUGGGAGUUGUAGUCAAACCACAUCUUGAGGAUACCGUAUUAGCUAUCCCUGCAUGGUGUUACUUCACUAGACCUCUCUCACUUCAGCUUGGCAUUUGCUGGCUUGUGAUGUUGCCCGACCAUAAGACACACCUAGUUUUAGAGGAGGAGAACAAGAAAAAAAAUAUUCUCUCCCUCUCUGCACAGAGCCCCUUCAGCGAAGCGGCAGGAGAAACAGAGCCCCUUCCGUUUCUCCUCCCACUUCGCUGAAGGGGCGCUGCGCAGCUCUCCCUCUCUGUGGCAGCGCCCCUUCAGCGAAGUGGCAGGAGAAGUGGAGCACCUUCCAUUUCUCCUCCCGCUUCGCUGAAGGGGUGCUACACAGAGAGGGAAAGCUGCGCAGCGCCUCUCCAGCGAAGCGAAGCCAGGUGAACAAGAGGGAUCGGUGUGCACCGACCCCUCUUGCUCUCCUGGCUUCAGCGAAAGCAACACGAAGCCUCCGGAGCGCAGCAGGAGCUCCCCUUACUUUUUAGGAGGGGGAAAGUGCGUCUUAUAGAGCAAAAAAAUACGGUGUUUUUGUUUUACUUUGGACUUUGUAUGUCAUAUUCUGUAUUUACAUUUUGCCUGGAAAUGGCAAUACUGUGGCAAACACCCCAUACAUUUAAAGCACAUAUAAAUCAAACAUUCACCCUGCAAAGAAUCCUGGGAACUGUAGUUUACUCCCUUACAGAGCUGCAAUUCCCAGUACCAUUAACAAUUCCCAGGAUUCUCGCUUUAAAUGUAUAGUGCGUAAGCAGUCCAAAACAGGUGGUAUAAAAAAAUAUAUAUAUCCAUAAAUACAUGUUCAUGCUAAAUGAAAGAUCAUAAAAUGGGUUUAUAAAGUAGUGCCUUUCAAAGAUUGUGUGAACUAUGAUAGGAUCAUCCCUGUUAAUGACAGAACUUCCCCCAUAAACAGUGACUGAAGGAAACAUGGAAAUGCCACACUAAAUAUCUAGGGUUGUAGCCAACAUUAAUCAUACUGAGAGCGGGCCCUUUGAAAUUAAUGGACCCAAGUUAAUCAGGUCCAUUUGUUUCAAUCUGUCUACUUUGAGCAUUACUAAUAUUGGGCACAGCCUCUAGUUUGGAAGUACCCAAUGAAGCUGCAAUGGGAACAUUUAUUUAGUUGGAGAGGGUGGUUUAUUUCUCAAAUUACUGUAGCACAGUCACAAAGGGCUCUUCUUCUGUUAUGGAUUCUUGAUCUGAGAUUCCUGCAUUCCAGGGGGUGGACUACAAUUCUAUUAUUCUAAGACUUUCUUCAGUGAUCUGCCGUUGAAGAUUUGUAUCCUGAAAUUAGAUUACAAGAAUCAAGCUGACCGAUGAAAGACGUCUCACAUUUUUUUCUUUUCUUCUAACAGUCAAGAAGAAGGGAAAAACUAUUCUUUGAAGCAGUUGUGGAUCAAGAGUGUUAAAGAGGCGGACAUCAAUUUUUCAUACACCUGCAAUUUUGUGGCAGCUGGUUACCCUGAGAAACAAAUAGUUACACUGCAGAAAGGUACUGUAUGGUUUUCUUCUAAUGCCCGGCACCCACAAAGAAUAUUAACUGGGGCCCGUCUGUGGACCAGAUACAAUGGAAGUGCAAAGCACUUAUGCAAGGAAAAUCAGAGCUUUUGUGUGGAAGCCUAAGAAGUAGUCCUCUGGGGGCUUCAAAUUGUUGAUAGUACAACAAUUUGUGCAGUACUGCAGUACUUAGUAUUUCUGUUUCAAUUGAGUGCUCCCUUCUUUUAGAAUUAGUUUUACCUUAUUUGAAAGGAAGUGGGAAAUAGCAACGGCAAGGGUAGCUCAGUCAGUAGAGCAUGAGACUCUUAAUCGCAGGGUUGUGGGUUCAAGCACCAUGCUGGGCAAAAAAAUCCCUGCCUUGCAGUGGGUUGGACUGGAUGACCUUUGUGAUCCCUUCCAGCUGUUCAAUUCUAUGAUUCUAUGUUUCUGCCCGCGGCUGUCUCUCUUAGCUGACAAAAUUGGUGAUAGUUCCCUAAUUGGAUCUAGCAUCCUGGUGUUGGUGUGAUCCAGGAAAAAGACUAGUGCCGGAUCUCACAGCACAGGUCAACAUUUGUAGUGGCAAAUACAUACAGGGCUGCUAGUUUUUCUUGGCAAUCUUGGUCUGAGAUUGUAAUAGACAUGCUUUCCCCCCAGCUGGACAUUUUGACUCAUGCAGUCUUGCUGUGGAGACAGCUUGUCAGGAAGAAUUGGUGGGGAGGGGGGAAAGUGUUAAGCACCCACCAGUUCUCUCUUUCAAAUGCUCAUGCUCCUCCUCACAAUCACAUUAUCUCAACAAACAUGGGGUUUUUUUUUGGGAGGGGCGCUUUGGUUGCCUCUUGGAUGUUGACUGUAAAUGAACAAGAACAAAUGGAUUUCAUGGGGCUCAGUUUGUUUGAGAGCAAACGAAGCAUGAGCUCACAAAUUGAGGAUAGAUAAUAUCAUCAUCAUACUGUAAUAAUAAUAAUAAUAAUAAUAAUAAUAAUAAUAAUAAUAAUACUAUUUAUACCCCACCUAUCUGGCUGGGUUUCCCCAGCUACUCCAAUCGGCUCCCAACAGAAGAUUAAAAACACAACAAAAGAUCAAACAUUUAAAACUUCCCUAAACAGGGCUUGGAUCAUAGGAUCCUGCUUACACCUUGGGGCAGAAACAAGAGGCACGACAACAUUUGUUAUCCCUUUUUCUUCCUAAAAACAUACUGGGCAAACACUUAAUAGCAGAGUGUUCCAGCAUCAGUAUAGACCAGGGGCUCCCAAUGUGGUGCCCUGUAGAUGUUGUUGAACUCCAGUUCCCAUCAGCCUCAGCCAUGGGGAUUAUGGGAACUGUAGUGAGGCAACACUGUGGCGGGAGGGGUAUGUUGGCUACCCUUGAGAUAGACUUAUUGCAGUUUUUCUUGAGAAGAGUACUUACUUGGAGGGCUCUGUCUCAAUCGUGUGUUGCCUCCUUUUGUUUUCCAGAAACGAAUCGAGACUUACCCUUGCGGGUCUUUACCCCUGGAAUUAUCGCAGUGAUCUUGCUUUCCCUUGUUUCUGUUCUUGCGGUCGUUCUGUCUGUGAUAUUCAAAGUUGAUCUUGUUUUAUUGUACAGAGAUGUCACAGGGAAGGAUGAAACGAUUGGAGGUAAAACAUAGCAAUGUUUGGUUUAGGGUGGGGUGGGUGGAGAGCUGUUUUGCCUGAGCAAAAAUGAAUUUUGUAGGUCGUGGUUGGGGAGGCAGACAGGGUUGUAUUUGCUUUUUAAGCUUUUCUAUUGCAGCAUUCCUUGGUUUGCAAAGGGAAGGACCUUUCAGUUUAUUAGGCUGCAUGGAAUGAAGGAUAAGUGGCUACCUUCAAGAAAUGCAGGAGGUGCACAGUCAGUUCCAGUAAUUGCACAAGGAAUGUCUUUUUAAAAGUAGACAGAACACAUAAAUAUUUCACGGGUGAAUUAAUUUUUUUCAGAUGGAAAAAUAUAUGAUGCAUUUGUGUCUUACUUGAAAGACUGUGUACCCAUAUGUGAUGAAGAGAGAAAAUUUGCACUGAACAUAUUGCCCACAAUAUUAGAAAAACAUUUUGGAUACAAACUGUGUAUCUUUGAACGGGAUAUCUCUCCUGGAGGAGGUAGGUGGAUGUGCUGUUACUGUCUUACUGAGUAAUUUUUGACAAUAAUAAUAAUAAUAAUAAUAAUAAUAAUAAUAAAUUUACAUGCCGUCCAACUGACUGGGUUGCCCCAGCCACUCUGGGCAGCUUCCAACAAAUUAAAACAUCAAACAACAAACAUUAAAAACUUCCCGAUACAGGGCUGCCUUCAGAUGUCUUCUAAGUCAGAUAAUUGUUCAUUUCCUUGACAUCUGAUGGGAGGGCGUUCCACAGAGCGGGUGCCACUGGUUCCCUGUAACUUCGCUUCUUGCAAUGAGGGAACCAUCAGAAGGCCCUUGGAGCUGGAUCUCAGUGUCCGGGCGGAACGAUGAGGGUGCAGAUGCUCCUUUAGGUAUACAGGGCCAAAGCUAUUUAGGGCUUUAAAGGACAGCACCAAUAACCCCUUUUCAUGGGUGUUAACCCUGAUUCUUUUUUGAAAAAUUUAAAUGCAUACCAAAAUGAGGGAUGUUUUGUAGCAGAAUUUAGCCAUGCAAGGUGUACUUGAGCAGUUAGGAGUUAUGUUAGAAGACAUCUGUUAAUCUAUUUAUAAGUCAAAUCUAGUUGCUCAUAAUUUUCAGAUUUGUAAUGAACUCUGACUUGGAUCCAACUGACUUCAGUAUUUUCACAAUUCAAACCAACGUCAAGUUAAUUUAUAUUUUUUCUACCUUAUGGGCUGCAUAAGCAGCCAAACUCAUCUUUGUGCAUGCUGAGUUGUUUGGAAACAAACAGAUUGCGUAUACAAAGGAAUAAGAACAAAACCAUUUGCCCUGCACGGGUGUGGGAUGACUUAAUAUUGUCCCCUUUACUCAUGUUUUGCCAAGGGAACCAAUCAUUUUAGAAGUCUGGACCCGAACUAUUUCUUGCUGGAAGAAAUAGCCUUAUCAGCUUAUAUGUUUUCAACUAUCUCCUAUUGGGCUUUGAUUCACAUUACUUCCCCCAUCGUCCUUGAGGUCCAGAGAGAACGUUGGGCAUAUGAAACCGCAUUAUACUGAGCUGGACCACCCAGUAUUAUCAAUUUUGACAGACAGGAGUCCCCUGCUACAUUAGAUCUGACAGAUAUAUUAAAAUUUUGGAGGAGAGAAAUGCCUUUUUUCCCCGCUGCAUUAUUCUAAGGCGCUUUUCAGAUUGAGGAAAAGUGGACGCUUAGCCCUUUUACCGGGUGGCUGGCCUUGGCCGCCUGGGCAGCUGGCUCAAGCUCCCGCCCGCUGCUUCAAUUCAUAUUGGCCAAUGGGUGUCCUCCUCUUGGAGGGGGGGCAGUGCCUCGCUGGCUGAAAGGGCAUUACAAACGUUUGUUAUCGGGGGAAAAUGUAAUAUCUUGUCCUUCUGUAAUGGAAGGGGGAGGGAAGCCUACCAGAGAAGGGCGAGUCCUUGGCCUUGUUACCCUUAAGCGUGACACAGAUGUUUGUUUUGCUGGAGAGCGGUGCUGGUGGUUUAUUCAUCUGUGCCAAACAAGAAUCUGUGACCAUAGUAGGUGACGGUUUUAUCGUUUGGUUAACAAGUGGUGUUGAUUUAAAGGAAGAAUGAGUUGCUUCUGAUAAUAUCGCAGACCAGGUAUGAAGUUCUGCCGCUUACAUGCCCACAUGCCUUCCUGCCUUCGUAGAAGUCGUUUCCUCACAGUUUCUCAGAGACCUCAGAACAUCACAUUAGAGUUGUGCAGAGUUCAUGAAGGGCAAAAGAAAAUGGCUGGUGUCCUUUAAAGUAUUUGCAAACUGCCUUUUUCUUCUUUGACUCCAGGACUCUGUCAUGAUGCUGAAAAUAGACUUCUUAGUUGAAAAUGGACUUCUGACUUUAAAUUCUUAAUUCUAAGUGUGGGAUGGGGAAGAGGAGGCUGAAAUUGCUUGGUUGUGAGUGAAAGGCAUUCUGAACAUGCCCAGAAUCACUCACUAUUGCCGUUUACUGGAAUUUUUGCUUAAGAAUUCUUUGUCAUGAACUCGCUGACUAAUUGUGGGCUAGUCACUUAUUAUUGUGCCUCACAGUGUUCUCCAGCUGUGAAAUGUGAUACGACCCAUAGUUAUAUAGUUAUAUUGUUACACACACAAAAAAUAUAUACAUAAUCUGUAUUCUAAAAUUAGAAAUAAUUCACUUUAAACUUUUCCAUCCUGCUUUGUGGCAGAAGAGACCGCAUUAGCACAUUUCCACAGGCCUCUCAUGUUUGUAAUUCAUGUAAUGUAUUAGUAGACCAAUGCUAUUUCAGAUGUUUCCAUUAUAACUGCUCCCUCUUCUGCCUGCAGCUGCUGUUGAUGAUGUCCAGUCAUAUAUUGACAGAAGUAGAAGAUUAAUCAUUAUACUGAGUAAGAACUACAUCUCUGACAAAGUCAUGUUUGAGCUUGAAACCGGGCUUCACAAGGCCUUGGUUGAAAAGAACAUUAAAGUGAUACUAAUAGAAUAUAUGCCUAUACGUGACUUUGAUUUCUUGCCCAAGUCUUUGAAACUUCUUUCACCAAGCCACGUGGUGAAAUGGAAAGAAGAGAAGUCACUCGCUUUAAAUUCCAGGUUUUGGAAGAAGCUCCGCUAUGCGAUGCCUGCUAAGCCCUCCUCAGUGAAGGAACCGGAUAUUUUGUAA